UUCCGUUCCUGGCAUACAGUCGUUGCUGCCUAUUUAAGGAUGAGGGGCUUGUUGUACUUUAGACGAUACUCUCCAUCUGUUCCAGAGAUACCAUAAAACUCUUCGACUCCAGCAGCUACAGGGAGUAAGAUGAGGAAUUGCGCAUAUUCCUCAUUGAGCAUUCUCGUAUCGCUGGCCGCCAUUCUGUGUUAUGCUGAAGACACCUGUCCAGAUGUGAAGCUUAUUGGCGUUGGCGAGUCGGACAAGCUGGCCAUUUUGCGAGGAUGUCCGGGAAUUCCUGGAACACAAGGAAUGCAGGGAGUGCAAGGACCAGCAGGACCUAAAGGAGAAAAAGGCUCGUCUGGAACUCCCGGGAAGAUAGGACCAACAGGGGUUAAAGGUGAUAAAGGGGCCACAGGCGCACAAGGACAAAAAGGUGACAAGGGAGAUCCCGGGGUACCUGCCCCUGGAACUGCCCAGAACUGUAAGGAGGUCUUGGACUAUGGAGCUUCUCUGAGCGGUUGGUACACAGUAUACACAAGCAAUGGGCUUCCUCUCACUGUGUAUUGUGACAUGGAGACUGACGGAGGAGGAUGGCUAGUUUUCCAGAGACGGAUGGAUGGGUCGGUGGAUUUUUUCCGAGAUUGGAAUUCCUACAAGCGAGGGUUUGGCCACCAGGCCAGCGAGUUCUGGCUGGGGAACGAUCAUAUUCACCAACUUACGUCCACAGGAACAUACGACCUCCGCUUCGAUCUCAUGGAUUUUGAAAACAACAGAACUUACGCCACAUACAGCAACUUCAAAAUCACAGGGGAGAAUCUGAAUUACACUCUGAGUUUGGGGUCAUUCAUUGGAGGGACCGCAGGUGACUCCUUCUAUGGUCACAGAAACACACCGUUUUCUACCAAAGAUAGAGAUAAUGACCGUCAUAAAACGAUUAGCUGUGCAAAUAGUUACAAAGGUGCCUGGUGGUAUACUGACUGUCAUUAUUCAAACCUGAAUGGGCUGUAUCUGCGGGGAACUCACAAAAGUGCGGCCAACGGGGUAAACUGGAAGACCGGCCGUGGUUACUAUUAUUCAUAUAAGAUAUCAGAGAUGAAGAUCCGACCUCAGUCUAACUAACUGCUCUCUGGUUGCCACUGUAUACGUGGAGGAAACAAUGUAUUAGAAUGGGCAAAUAAAAAUUCAUAUCAAAUAUUGACUGUAAUCAGGCAGAAGGUCUGCGAAUUCAACUGAAGAUCAGUAAUGUAAAUGUUUGGUAAUACAGUGUUUCUCCGUAUCCUGAUGUGUAAUUUUUUUUAAAUCCUUUCAUUGGUUUGAAAAUUAUAGACAUUAUAAACGUUACAAUUGUGAAUAAAAUCACAUGCGGAAAUGUGACAGAUUGCACAUCAAUCAGAAUAAAACAAGAAAAAUAAUA